CGACCUUGAAAGGAUUAUCAAAUCGUCGUAACCUAACUUCUUUCAUCAUGUGGGGAGAUGUUUUUCUGUGUUUGUUCUCUUCAGCAAUAUACUUAAAUUCUUUGGGAUGCGGCUUUGUUUUUGACGACGUGUCAGCCAUUAGAGACAACCAAGAUCUACGUCCUUCUUCGAGUUUAUUCGAGCUUUUCAAAAAUGACUUUUGGGGGACUCCUAUGAAUGAAGAAAGAAGCCACAAAUCAUAUCGACCAUUCACUGUUCUUACAUUUCGAGCUAACUUUUUGCUCCACGAACUUAGUCCCUUAGGAUAUCAUGCCAUUAAUAUCAUCCUUCAUUCCUUAGUCGUGUUUUUGUUUUCCAAAUUGUGCUUGUGCUACUUACAUAAUGAGUCAGCGUUUUUCAGCUCUAUUUUAUUCGCUGCACACCCGGUGCACACGGAAGCCGUAACUGGGGUUGUAGGAAGAGCUGAACUUCUGUCUACAGUUUUUUUCUUGUCUGCUUUAUUGCUGUAUAUAAAAAUAUCAAAUGAAUGUGCAUCAAGUUUUAGGGUGAAUCUGCUGAAUAUACUCACAGUUGGCAUUUUGGUAUGUAUAGGAACAUUUUGCAAGGAACAAUGCAUCACCGUCUUCGGGAUUCUUAUCGUUUACGAACUUCAUGUCGUUUAUCAAAAAAUUUUAUCAAAUGGACAUAACUUCUCGACUAAUGGUGUCCAAAAUACCAAUUACCAAAAAAACAAAGCAUUCAAAGAUAGAAUUCCAUCUCUUUGUAAACAAAUUCAGUUGAAGUUGUUUUCACCUGCGUGGUUUUCAUAUCCACUUGUCUACAGAAUGUUCGUUCUUCUAUUGUUUUUCAUUGCCAUAUUAACUGCACGUAUUCGAAUAAUGGGUGGACAAUUGCCACAUUUUACAGAGUUUGAUAACCCAGCUGCUCAUGCACCUCCACUAACUCGUCGCCUCACUCAUCUUUACCUGGUUCCCGUUAACCUAGGCUUAUUAAUAUUCCCUUCUAACCUGUGCGCAGAUUGGACUUUGGGAAGUCUAAAACUUAUCCAUGGCUGGACAGAUUCACGUAAUAUUUUGACACUGAUGGCCUUCGGUUUCAUUUUAUUGCUACUUUCCAUUACUCUUCACUGGAAAACACCUUUACAUCAAAGUCGAACAGUAUGUAUGGCCCUGAGUUUGAUGAUAAUGCCUUUCAUACCAGCUAGUAACUUAUUCUUUCCCGUUGGCUUCGUUGUUGCUGAACGCGUUUUAUACACACCAAGUUUGGGCUUUUGUUUACUUAUUGGUUUGGGUCUUGAAAAUCUGCUUCUUUUUGAGUUUAUUGAAACAAAAACUAUGAAAAAUUCAAAAUCAUUUGAAGUUAAGAAAAUUUUCAGCCCUAAGAAUGGUCUUCAUCCUCGAAGAUAUCCUCGAAUUUUAAUGGGACUAGUCGUUUUCGCAUUUGUUUGUAAGACCGUUCGACGCAAUACAGAUUGGUCUAACGAAUACAAUCUGUUUACAUCAGCGUUAAAAGUAAAUCCUAACAACGCCAAAAUGUGGAACAAUGUGGGGCAUUCUUUAGAAUCCGAAGGAAAAUACUCAGAAGCACUUGACUAUUUUAGAAAAGCUGUCAAUGUUCAGCCGAAUGACAUGGGUGCUCGGAUUAAUGUUGGCCGCACAUAUAUGAACCUGGGAAUGCCAGAUAAAGCAGAAGAAGCGUAUUACGGGGCACUAGAAUAUUUCCCUAAACCAAAGAAAGGUCAAACGUAUUACGCCCGUGUUUCUCCCAAAGACCUAAUGGUUUUCAUCAAUCUAGCCAACUUAUAUAUCAAUAAGUCACCCCCCAUGCUUGAGGAAGCUUCUACUCUUCUUCGUCGAGCUAUUUCAUUGCGAUCUGAUUUUGUGGACGCGUACCAAAACUACGGUAGUGUACUUAUAAAGUUAGGAAGGUAUGAAGAAGCCGAGAAAGCGUACAGAAAUGCUUUGCUAUACCAACCAAAAAACCCAGAUUUAAAUUACAACUUGGGUGUUGUUCUUCUAGAGUCGCAUAAGAAAUCUGAAGGUCUAUCGUACUUAAACACUGCCUUAACUUACAAUCCACAACAUGAGCCUUCUCUGUUCGCUGUCGCAUCAACUCUCGGUGAAUCAGUCAACCCUGAUGACCAAUUAAAAGCAAUAAGCAUCUAUGAACAUCUACUCAAACUAAAUUUUGAACCGAUCAAAUUACAUUUCGCCUUGGGUAUGUUAGAAACUGAUAAAAAGAACUACAUUAAAGCAUCUGAACAUUAUCGAAAGGUUAUCCUUCUGGAUCCUGAUCAUAAAGGUUCUCUAUUUAAUCUAGCACUACUCUAUCGAAAUCAUCUUGGAAAACCGGAUGAUGCCAGUAAUCUCGCGCUUCAUCUUAUCAAAGUUCAUCCUUCACAUAUCAAGUCUUAUUUACUUCUCGGAGAUAUAGAGCUAACAGAAAAGGCGAACAUAAAAUUAGCAAAACAAUAUUUUGAAGAAGCGCUGAAAUUGGACCCAAACAAUGUUCAGGCUAAACAUAACCUCUGUGUUGCUUUGGCAGAUGAAGAUGAGCUAGAACAGUCAGAAUCAUGCCUUUUAGAGGCCAUAGCCAUGGAACCGAAACCUCAAAACUAUAUACUACAGCAUUUAAAGAUUAUACGUGAACGUUUGCAUUCUCGUGGAAGGCAUACAAAUAACGAGAUGAACAAGGGCAACUAAUCGAGUUACCAAGAUUAUUUAUAUAUAAUUAUAUAAUUAUCUGUAAAAAUAGGUCAAAAGUUCCAAACUAUUAUGAAUCGGAAAUAAAUGUCUCAGUAUUACAGCCG